AAACAUUUGACAACAGAGGGGAGAGAGAGAAAGUGAGUCAUCGACACAGAAUCUCUCUCUAUUUCUACCUCCGACUCUCUCUCUAUCUAUUCCAAUCAAGCAUGCCCAUCCUGAACCAUGCGGUUUAUUACAAUUCUGUCCCUUUCUGUUUCCUUAAUUCCCAAGUUGUUGCCCCUCUAGCUCGGUCAGCUUCAGCUAUCUCUCCUGCUCUGAAUUCUCGUACUCAUGGCUGUCUCCGACGUCGGAGCUGUCCUAGAAUUCUUGAGGAACAAUGGCUUUACAGAGGCAGAGUCCGCCCUCAAAGAGGACGUCAUAGAAAAGGGUGAUACCGGCUCGUUCGACUACGAGAAAUUCUUCUUCCCGAUGGUACCGCCGCCUCCUCCGGUCAGAGUCCGAUCAUUUUCCGGAUGUUCGGAAAGGCAAUAUGGCAGAGAUUGCUCGAAAUCAAGCUCUAAGUCGUCGGACGAUGAGUUUGUGAGCUUGGGCUCAUCUACCUCGGGUGCUUGUUCUUCAGAAUUCAUCAAUCCAUAUGGAAUUCGAUCCUCAUCCCAAACUCGUAAAGAUUCUGAAUCUUCGUCAGAUAGAUUAUCUCAGUUCGGCACAGCACGUGAUUACCAUGACUUUGACAUGCAAAAUGAACCGUAUUGGUAUAAUGAGAAAGAUGAUGACGAUUUCAUGUCCCCCAGUUUUGAUGGGCCAGAAUUCUUUGGCUGUCAAAGUGAGGAUAAGUUCAUCAUGACAUCAGAAAUGGAGAAUCAACAUGAAAAUCACCUGGAAAAUAAUUACAAAAGUGAAGUAUUCCAAGUGGAGGGAAAUGGUGAUUGCAUGGACAAACUAUGCCUAUAUAAUCAUUCUGAUGUAGGAAAUGAAAAUGUGACUUGUUUACAAGACUUUUGUCAUAUUGAUAAGAAAGAGCAGCUUGAAGGAGGAUUAGUUGGAGAGGUCGAGAAUCCUACUUUUGUCUAUAACUGUGAAGUUCCAUUUGGCAAGCGCUCUGCGGGCUCAGGAGAGCCUUGUAAUGAAGAUCCUAGUAACGACCGCUGCCCAAGUUUAAAGGAAAUUCAUCCGAAUAAUUUGCAUUUAAAGUUUGUUGGGGAUAGUUCCUCUACGGAUUCUGUUCCAGAGCAUUCUAUGGAUGAAACUUCUGACCUCUGUCCUAAAAGUAACAGCAAUAAGGUGUACAAAGCUCCCUAUGACUUAACUAUUGAAAUUGCUGAAACAGAUCUGCCAAAUGGACUGGCCAGGUGUAAAGCUCAAGAUUGUGGAGAAUUCACUGAAGAAUGCCAAGAUCCAGAAAAUGCAGCAGAUGGAGAAGAUGUUACUGAUGAUGAGCUUUUAAAGUACGCUCACGAGGAUGAAUAUGAGGUAUUUGACCUGAGAAUUAUACAUAGAAAGAACAGGACCGGAUUUGAAGAAAGCAAAGAUCUACCCAUUAUGCUGAAUACAGUCAUAGGCGGCAGGUACUAUGUGACAGAAUAUCUUGGUUCGGCUGCCUUCAGUAAGGUUGUUCAGGCACAUGAUCUUCAGACAGGAAUAGAUGUUUGCUUGAAGAUUAUAAAAAAUGACAAAGACUUUUUUGACCAAAGCUUAGAUGAAAUUAAACUUCUAAAGCUUGUGAACAAGAAUGACCCAGCUGAUGAGCACCACAUAUUGCGACUUUAUGAUUACUUCUAUCAUCAGGAGCAUCUAUUCAUUGUUACUGAGCUUCUGCGAGCAAACCUAUAUGAAUUUCAGAAAUACAAUCAAGAAUCUGGUGGUGAGGCAUAUUUUACGCUGAAUAGGUUGCAGGUCAUUACUCGUCAAUGUUUGGAGGCCUUGCAAUACUUGCAUAGCUUGGGAAUAAUUCACUGCGAUCUAAAGCCAGAAAAUAUUCUCAUUAAAAGUUAUAGAAGAUGUGAGAUUAAAGUCAUUGAUCUAGGAAGCAGUUGCUUUCAAUCAGACAAUUUAUGCCUAUAUGUGCAGUCGCGAUCCUAUAGGGCCCCUGAAGUGAUGCUAGGCCUCCAAUAUGAUGAAAAGAUUGACAUAUGGUCUCUUGGCUGUAUAUUGGCUGAGCUAUGCUCUGGUGAGGUGCUCUUUCCAAAUGAAGCUGUUGCAAUUAUUCUCGCGCGCAUGAUUGGGAUGCUUGGUCCUAUUGAUCUGGAGAUGUUAGUUAAGGGGCAGGAAACUCACAAAUAUUUCACAAAAGAAUAUGAUAUUUACCAUGUAAAUGAGGAGACAAACCAACUGGAGUACAUAAUUCCAGAGGAUUGGCCGUUGGAGCAGCACCUGCAGGUUUCUGAUAUGAUGUUUAUUGACUUUGUCAGAUUCUUGCUUAGCACCAAUCCCAGAAGGCGACCAACUGCAAAACAGGCACUAAAGCACCCGUGGCUUUCCUAUGUUUAUGACUCCCGGUAGAGCACCCAUUCAUCUCCUGAAUGGAUGCUUACUGAUUCUGAUGCAGUUAUAUUACAUGAGUCAUGGAGCAUCUUGCAUACUGGAGUUUGCAGUCACAGUUUUGGCUUUCGAUUAUAUUAAAGAGCAACAUCAUUUCUUCCCCUUUUAUCCUGUACAUUUUUUAUUCUCUUCCCGUUCAUUAAGUACUUUUGUACAGAACAAUGUGCCCAUUGAUUUUGCCUUCAGGAUGGGGAGACUGAGCAUUGCUCAAGAAGAAAAGGAAAGGCAGAAAAAGAAAGAAACAGAUAAAGAAAAACUGAUUCUAAA